AUGUCUACCAAACCUUUAGCUCGUGAACGAAGACCAUCUAUCGGUGUUCCCGUAGCGGAACUGCAAGGUCCCGUGGGCCCUGGUUUCAGCCGUCCCAAGCACAAGAGGACAUUUACUGGCUUUGGCCCGGCCGAAAUCAAGGCUGUCGAGGCCAGCAUUCCAGAACCUCUGAGAGCGGCAUGGAAGGAACAUUCGGCCAAAAGCUUUGAAACGAAGGACGAGUUCGAGCGAGAAUUCGUUCGCCAUGUUGAAACGACUCUUGCUCGUUCGCUCUUCAAUUGUGAUGAUUUGGCGGCAUACUCCGGCACGGCGCUGGCAUUUCGGGAUAGGUUGAUUAUCGAAUGGAACAAAACACAACAACGUCAGACCUUUGCAGAUCAAAAGCGCGUCUACUAUCUGUCGCUUGAGUUUUUGAUGGGUCGUGCUCUCGACAAUGCUAUGUUGAAUGUCGGCCAAAAGGAUGCCGCAAAAGACGGUCUAUCUGACCUCGGCUUCAGAAUUGAAGACGUCAUUGACCAGGAACAUGAUGCAGCACUGGGAAACGGUGGUCUUGGUCGUUUGGCCGCCUGUUUUCUUGACAGUCUCGCUACACUCAACUAUCCAGCAUGGGGCUAUGGGUUGCGCUACCGGUACGGUAUCUUCAAGCAAGAGAUAAUUGACGGCUACCAGGUAGAGAUUCCCGACUAUUGGCUAGAUUUCAAUCCAUGGGAAUUUCCACGCCAUGAUAUCACAGUUGAUAUCCAGUUUCACGGCCAGUCUGUUCAACAGGAAGAUGAGAACGGCAGGUUGACGUACAAUUGGCAUGGUGGCGAGAUCGUUCAAGCUGUUGCAUACGACGUUCCAAUCCCCGGAUAUGGUACCAAAACUACGAAUAAUUUGCGCUUGUGGUCGAGCAAAGCAAGCAGUGGCGAGUUUGAUUUUCAAAAGUUCAAUGCUGGUGAAUAUGAAAGUGCUGUCUCUGACCAGCAACGGGCGGAGACGAUCUCUGCUGUGCUCUAUCCCAAUGACAAUCUCGACCGCGGAAAAGAACUUCGCUUGAAGCAACAAUACUUUUGGUGCGCAGCUUCUCUAUAUGAUAUUGUGCGCAGAUUCAAAAAGACAAAGCGUGCCUGGCUCGAGUUUCCAGACCAGGUUGCAAUUCAACUGAAUGAUACUCACCCCACCCUCGCCAUUGUCGAGUUGCAAAGGAUCUUGGUUGAUAUAGAAGGUCUUGAAUGGGAUGAAGCAUGGCGCAUUGUCGUCGAUACUUUCGGAUAUACCAAUCAUACUGUCCUGCCAGAAGCCUUGGAAAAAUGGUCUGUUCCUCUCAUGCAGCAUUUGCUGCCGCGGCACCUUCAAAUAAUAUACGACAUCAACUUGUUCUUCUUGCAGUUUGUGGAAAAGAAUUUCCCCGGUGAUCGGGAUCUGUUAACUCGGGUCUCUAUUAUCGAAGAGUCUCAGCCCAAGGCGGUCCGCAUGGCGUACCUGGCUAUUAUUGGGUCUCACAAGGUCAAUGGAGUGGCGGAACUGCACUCAGAUUUGAUCAAGACUACGAUAUUUAAAGAUUUUGUCGAGAUAUAUGGCCCGGACAAGUUCACUAACAUGACUAAUGGCAUCACGCCCAGACGGUGGCUGCAUCAGGCAAACCCUCGACUAUCCAACUUAAUUGCGUCAAAGUUGGGUGGAUAUGAGUUUCUGAAGGACCUGACACUUUUGGACGGCAUUGAACGCUACGUUGAUGAUAAAGACUUUCGCAGAGAGUGGGUGGAGAUCAAAACAGCGAACAAGGUGCGGCUCGCUAAACACAUCAAAAACACGACUGGGUAUACUAUCAAUCCAACAGCGCUCUUUGACGUUCAAGUAAAGCGGAUCCACGAGUACAAGAGACAGCAGCUUAAUAUCUUCGGAGUAAUCCACCGAUACCUGAAGAUCAAAUCCCUGACACCGGAAGCACGCAAGAGCGUGGUACCUCGAGUGUCAAUUUUUGGAGGCAAAGCUGCUCCUGGAUACUGGAUGGCAAAAACUAUUAUCCAUCUGAUUAACAAGGUGGGCCAGGUUGUGAAUAACGACAAAGACGUUGGCGAUUUGCUCAAGGUAAUCUUCGUUGAAGACUACAACGUAAGCAAAGCCGAAAUUAUAAUCCCGGCGUCAGAUAUAAGUGAGCACAUUUCAACAGCUGGUACAGAAGCGAGUGGCACAAGCAACAUGAAAUUCGUGCUCAAUGGAGGACUGAUCAUUGGAACAUGUGAUGGCGCCAAUAUCGAGAUCACCCGCGAAAUCGGCGAAUCCAACAUCUUUCUCUUUGGCAACCUAGCCGAAAACGUGGAAGAAAUCCGUGCGAGCCAUCGCUACAAGGGCUUCACCCUAGACGAAGACCUAGCCAAAGUCUUCGAAGCAAUUCGCAACGGCACGUUCGGCGAACCGAAAUCGUUCGAGGCACUAAUCGCUUCUAUUGCUGACCAUGGAGAUUACUAUCUAGUAUCUGAUGACUUCAAUUCGUAUCUCAUGACACAGGAGUUGGUUGAUGAGGACUUUGGGAAGCAGGACGAAUGGAUCGCCAAAUCGAUAAGUAGUGUGGCGCGCAUGGGGUUUUUCUCGUCGGACCGGGUGAUUGAAGAAUAUGCAGAGAGUAUUUGGAACGUGGAGCCUCUGGCACUCGAGUAA